AUGAAGUCAAGUUGCGGCGCACAGACCACUUUCAACAACGCGACAUUUGAGCGCAGGAAGUUCAAAUGUAUUGAUUACUACCCCCAUCGCAGUGACAUGUCGACCGCUGGCCUGCCGCAGCUCCUCGCGGCCUUGAACGAGCGUGGAAUAUCACCCAAUCGCGAGGAUGCCGCGCCCUCUGACUCCCCGCAGACAAAGGAGCGGAUGGCGGAAUGGGCGGAGACGUACCUCUCGCCGGACACGCUGCUGACACGCGAAGAACUAAUUUUCCACGAGAGCGGUCAUGCCGGCAAGCCCGCUCCAGGCACCGCCAAUUACCAUAUCUCCGAUGAGAGCUUCGAAUGCGCCAUCACCGCUCUGGAAGCCGGCGCGGAGGCAAUCGAGAAGCAAUGUCGCCGCUUGGAGUCUCAGAAGCGAGCCAUUCAAGAUAUUAUCAGCCGGAAUGUCGCAGCACCCCAACCCCGAACCAUCGGAAGCACGCAUGCCAAAGCGAGUCUGGACUUUGAGCACGCAGAAUCCCUGGCCUCGCUGCGGGGUCGUCUCCAGACUUCCAUGAGGCAAUCCGAUGCUGCGAGCCAAACUCUCCCCACCGAUGUAGACAGACUCCUUGAAAAGGAUGAUCGGCUUCUGGAUGGACUGGAGAAAGUCCUCGGUCAACUUGCAUCUCCUGCACAGCGAGACAGUGCCGAAGAGGUCCAGCGCCUAUGUCAAGCUCUGACGACACAAAUGAGCGCGGACAUUCAUCUGCAGCUCGACCAAGUCUACCACACUGCAGCGGCCAAGUAUCAACGGCGGUCAGCGAGCAGCAACCAGAGUGAAGAAUUGUCCGACAAUGUCCAGCAAAAGCAAUCCCUACAAUCCGAACUUGACGAGCUGUGCCGAGAAAUCGACUCUCUGUCUGCCAUGGCCGUCGACACCCAAUUCAAGCAGCCUACAUUACGAGCGCUGCAAUCUGCUCAGUCCGACGAAGACCAUGCAAAGGCAUUAUGGUCCGGCUACCUAGCCGCAGUGUUUCAAUACCUCACCGCUCGCCUGGAAGUCGCACAUGACCACUUCCAACACUCGCAUCACCAUCGCGCCGCGCUGACCACCAUAUCGUCAGCAUUGGAAGCCGUGCUCGCCAGUGGUGUUGAAGCACAACAGACUUCACAACACUCGCCCGUAAAGUCUUCCGCCAAAGGCCUCAAACCAUUGCGCUUGGUGCAGGCAAAUCUUUCGGAGAACCAAGAUCCGGUGGUGCAACUACUGCGAAUGCUGGACGUGCGCGUGCCGAAUCCUUCUGAUCCAGCGAAGUUGGCGGAGAGUCUGGAAAAGGCGGUGAAGGAGCAGCAAAAGAAGCUCGACGCCCUGUCUACCAAAUCAGAAGAAAGUGUAGCGGAGCAGGUGUCGCGGUCUCUUGCUCUGGCAAACUCGGAUUCGGCUGCGCUUCUUGGAGCAGUCUACUCGCCGACACGCUUUGGACAGCCUAGAGUGUUGACCGCCGAGACACAGGCGGGCAUUGACCAGCUUGAGGAGAGUACGCGGGAGAUUGGCAAUCACAUGCGAGGCUUGAAUGUCGAUGCGGUCGCUGCGACAGUGCGCGAAAGACAGCAAGCCCUACUGCAGCGUCUGCGGGACUAA